AUGCCUGUCAAUCGAGUAGCAGAGCAAGUGUUUGGCACCAUGGGGACUGUAUGUUGGAGUGGACAAAUCAUUCCCCAAAUCUGGAAAAGCUGGCGAGAAAAGGCAACGGAGGGCUUGUCCCAUUGGUUGAUGUUGAUUUGGGCUAUCGCAGCUGUAUUUCUCGGCGUCUUCGUUAUCUUGCAAGACCUCAAUAUUCCUCUGAUAAUCCAACCUCAAAUAUUUGGACUUUUAUCCCUUAUAUCAUGGUCACAGUGCCUAUAUUACGAGCACAAGAAACCUUAUCGACAAGUAAUUCUAAUCUUGACGAUGACACUCGCCAUUCUCGGAGGAUUCGAAGCGGGAAUGGUAUUCGCAGUCCGUCCUGCCGUAAAUAAGGGUAACGACCGGCCAGUAACCUUCUUCGGAGUUAUGGCUUCAAUAACCCUGGCCGUCGGACUACUCCCUCAGUAUGGAGAGAUCAUCCGCUUUCGCGAGGUCAAAGGAAUUUCGAUGUUCUUCAUGGCUAUAGACACUCUAGGCGGCGUCUUCUCCCUCCUAUCUCUGGUAUUCAGAGAAAAGUUCGAUGCCCUCGCGGCCGUCGCAUAUAGUCUAGUGGUCUUGCUCAUGAUCUCUGUAUUCGAGGUCUUGGACGGUGUUGUUAUCAUAUUGGCUGUGAUAUUGAACCCAAGGGCAGAACGCCGUAGAAGACGAGUCGCGCAGGAGAACGCAGACGGCGAAUCCCAAGUGGGUACUACUAUUAAUGACGCUGUUGGGAAUAGAGGGGAGAAGGAUGGUGAUCCAACGCUCGUUACCUCUAGAGAUGCUUCAACAGAGCCAUCAACACCUAGGAGAAUGAGCCUAGUAACGUCGGAGAAGCGGACAGACAUAGAAAGAGCGGAAGCGUUCGUUGCCGACUCUGAGAAGAACGGACAGCGAGACAACUGA